AUGGCGAAUCGGACUGCAUCAAGCUAUGACGGGCUUGGCUUCGCUCAGCAGCCUGAUGAAUAUGAUCUUGGAGCUCUCGCAGAUGUGGUUCCUGUCUCCAGACUUGAUGAAAGCGGAUUCUUAUCAACGACUGCAUGUUCUGAAGAAGCACCACCUCAAUCCCUGUCUCAAUAUGCACGAAUCUCGACCGAGUUGAGUCGCAGUGAAACCAUAACAUUAUUACAGCGCAAUCCUCCGGAGACCCAUUUCGGUAGCAUAAAACUUCUCCAAUCCUGGUUGCCUACAAUUGACCCAAACGAUCAGAAAUCCCUGACUCUAGUCUCCUAUUUAUCGCGAAGACACCUUGCCCUAGGUUUACAGCUGGGCCUGACCAUUGUUUUUCUUGCUAUAAAUAUAUCCACAACAGUAUGGGCAACAAUACGAUAUGAUAUCAAAGGAGACACGGGAACUGUGUUUCAGGGAAGUUGCACCAAGGCCAACCGGCUGAACUCCGGAUUCCAUUUGGUCAUCAAUAUCUUGUCGACUGCUGUUCUCGGAGCCAGCAACUUUUCAAUGCAGAUACUAGCCAGCCCGACGCGGGGAGAGGUUGAUCGUGCCCAUAGCAGAAAGAAGUGGUUCAACAUCGGCACUCCCAGCCUGAAAAACCUAGGAAUGAUCAGCCGAAUGCGUGUUAUUGUGUAUGCUGUUCUCGCGCUCAGCUCGGCGACUCUGCAUCUCUUCUGGAACUCAGCAAUAUUCGAAUCGUUUCCCUUCAUUUCGUACACAACUGUUUUCGUGACAGAUGAUUACCUAACGAAUAACAACCCAUGGGGGGAUGUUGGAGAUGAUCAUACUCGAGCGCCCCAGACGAACGGACGGGAAUUUGACCGGCUUAAUGGAACAAGCUGCAUUCAACGAUACAUGGACCCACUGUCAGGCGCUGGGGACAUUGUGGUUUUAACCAACCUGCUAGACAAUAGUCUGACAAACAACGACUCCACCUCUUUCGUCAAAAGCUUCCGCAUUUGGGACACGAGCAAUUGGGAUCGGUUGCAAACAUGGAUCUAUGAUAGUCCCGACUAUCCGCAUCGUCCAUACUCAGAGCGUAAGCUGCUUCCGUAUGCUGGCAAUUGGACCGUGAAUGUCGAAGGUCAAGCUAUCCCAGUGGAAUAUUGUCUCGGCCAGCCAGUCCAGGACCUGAGCAACCGGUGUGGCCUUCAUUUCAACACCACAAUCAUGAUAAUAGUUUGUGUGAUGAACUUUGUCAAAGUCCUAGGCGUUGCUUAUACCUGGAUUCAAUCCUUGCGGGCCCAUCGUCGGGAGCGAAGAGCUUACGACUCCACUGCACAGGAGGCUUUGGUAACGAUUGGCGAUUGCAUGCAAUCCUUUUUGAAUCGAAGCGAUGAUCACACAAGGCAGAUGUGUCUCGUGUCGCAGUUUGACUUUGAGCGGGGAAGCUGGCACAGCAACCUUGCUAGUCGACCAUGGCCCGGUCCACUGUUAAUUCGCAAGUUCACAUUGGCCAGUCGGAGGGUUUGGAUCACAACAAUCUCAGCAUGCACAGCAAUAGUGGUCAUUGUCCUCGCGCUCCUGGGAAGGGGCAUUGUACAGCAAAAGAACGAGGGUGUGGAGAUGAGCCUGAGCACUUUCUGGGAACCUGGACUCGGUCGUGCUAACCCAAUGACCGCCAUCCAAAUCUUCAUCUAUCGUGGCCCCUCGCAAUUCUGGGGCGCCGUGAUCCUCGCAAACUCCUGGCAAUUAGAGAUCAGCCUGCUCUACCUCCUAUACAACACCCUUCUCACCCGCCUCUGCGUCGCAGUCGAAUGGAGUCAUUACGGAUUGGAGCGGAAGUUCCUCCGCGUCUCCUGUCCAAAGGGCAUGCAAAGGUCAACGUAUUUCCUCUCCCUACCGUUUCGAUAUAGUGUCCCUCUCAGUGCAUGUCUUCUACUGCUCCAUUGGCUUGUGUCGCAGAGUGUGUUCCUGGCUCGGUCAACGGCAUUCCUGCCAAGCGGCGAACCCAUCGAUUCGGACUCCUCAUCAAGAGCUUGCUACUCCACCAUGGGGAUUAUACUGUCUCUAGCAACAGGGAUAGUUCUUAUUGUUACACUCAUCGGGAUUGGGUUCCAGAGGACAAUGUUCCUCCUUCCACCGGUCUCGACGUGUAGUGCUGCUAUCAGUGCGGCAUGCCACCAACCGGAGGGCGACAGUGAUGCUGCGUUGCUUCCUGUUGAAUGGGCGGUUGUUGUUCCCUCGGACGCGGAGAGUCAGCCGCCAGUUGUUGGACACUGUUCCCUUACAACACUGGCGAAUGCAGAAGGGCCGCAACUCGGCAAAUACUUCCAGUCGCGUGACCUCGUCAUCGCCGAAGCCGUUGCCUCCAGCUACGGCAUCCCUGCGUCGAACUUGAUGAACGUAAACAACGUUCGAUCUUUCAACCAGACCGUGUUUGGCAGCAUCGGCUACGAAACUGGAGCCGCACUAGGAGCCUUCGCCGCAGGGAAAGCAGACGGAUCGAUCAAACACCUCAUCCUAGUCACUAGUGAAGGAUCACUUCAAUUGACUAUCAAGGCCUUCUCCGAUUUCCUUCAUCACGGACUUAACACCGCCAUGCAUUGGUCUCGAUUCCUUCUCAGCAACGAUGGCUACACAGUCGAGCGUUUGAUCCACGGCAUGGAAGCAUCGUAUAAUCAAGUAGCGAGGUGGAACUACAGCAAGGUCUGGGUUACAUUUGGACCAUCUUUCCUUGCAAAAUAUUGCCGAGUUCAGACUGGCGAUCAACUCCUUGAGCUUUUCACAGAUGUGCAGCUUGUCAAGGCUGAUUGCACGCAGGUUGCGAAAUUGAUUCUCCACAAGCACGGCGCCCCUAUGUCUGUCAAGCUGGCGACUAAGGCAGUGGAGGAGUUCAACAAGAUCAAAGAAUAA